AUGUACAGUAUAAUGAUUGUUUUUCCACAUUUGUCAGGUUUGAGAGGAGCCCAUGAUGCGGAGCUUAGGCGUGUUGUGUCGGAGCCUCAGGAGGAGCACCUGUUUAUUGGGGCAGAAUUCUCUCGGCUUGAUAACGUCCUCCCCAGACUGUCCCGUAGAGUGUGCAUCACAGCAUCGGAACCACCACGACCUGUGAAAGCCCCUGAGCCUGUGGAGCAGCCAGUGGUGGGUCCGAGGGAUUUGCAGAUCAGAGAGGUCAAUCAUAACUCCUUCAGACUGAGUUGGACUCCAGCCUCUGGGGACGUGACGGGAUACAGGCUGCUGGUCACCGCCCUCAGCCCAAGAGGACAGCCCCUUCACUCACAGCAGAGACAGACUGACUUAAAGGCCGAUAUAAGCACAGUGUUGGUGACAGAGCUGACUCCUAAGACAGAAUACACCAUCACCCUGUACGCCAUCUACCCCAGCCUCAUCGGUGACCCAGUAACCAUUCCACUUCAGACAACUGCUUUACCGCAAGUAUUCAACUUCCGUGUGAUUGAAGAGGGGUUAUUCUCUCUGCGUCUGGGAUGGACACUGCCUCAAGGAAAAAUAGAUGGAUUCAAGAUUUACAUUCCAAGAACCAACAGGCCAGGCUUGACGUACGAGCAGCUCCUCCCUGGGGACACCUCCUCUCACGUCAUCGACAGUUUAGAGGAGGACAGAAAGUACAGUGUCAGUAUCUACGCUGUGUUUCCUGAGGGCCCCAGUGAGCCUGUGUCUGUGGUGGGAAAGACAUUAAAGUUGAUGCCCGUUCAGCAUUUUUUGGUCCAAAACGCCACCACAGACACGUGCCAGGCCAAGUGGACCUCAGUGAGAGGGGCCAGUGGAUACCGCCUCACAUGGGAAGCUCCAGACGGCCACAUUGAGAGCGUAAAUCUUGGGGACAACUUCAACUUUUACAUGAUCCAGGGUCUACGUUCAGGCGCGGAGUACACCAUCACCAUCAACCCCAUCUUUGGAGACAUCGAGGGCCCCGUCACAACGAGCAAAACCAAAACAUUGGAGAGCAGUGCAGUGCAGACUCUCAAAGUGUCUGCGGUCACAACAAGUUCAGCUGUCGUCGCUUGGAACAGCGUCCCGGGGGCCACUGGAUACAGACUGGCCUGGGGACCCACGCCAGAGUUCGUGGGCCGCGACCGUCCACGGCAGCUGGCUCUGAACGGCAGCUCCACAGAGUACCAGCUGAAGAAUGUGGCCCACGACACGGAGUACGUGCUGACGCUCUACGUGCUCUUUGGCUCAGUGCUGGGGCCUGGCAUCAGCGCCACCUUCAGGACCUCUCCUCUUGGAUAUGUGUCCAACUUCAAGGUGAUCUCUUACACCAGUACAUCCAUAGAUUUAGAGUGGAGUCCGAUCGUGGGGGCCACAGAAUACAGACUCACCUGGACAACUGAUGGCUCCAGUCCACAGUCAAAAUACCUGGAGCAGAGUGUCUUGUUCUACUCGAUUAAAGACCUGAAUCCAACGUCUGUUUACACAGUCACUAUUUGUGCUCUUUAUGGAAACGCAGAAGGUCCAGAGAUUUUUUUGUCACAACUCACAGCUGCAGUUUCAGAUUCAGACAUCAUCAAGGCGCCGCGCGAAGUGAAAGUCAUGGACAUUGGAGUGAACUUUUUUACUCUGACGUGGAAGAAAACUUCAGGGGCCUCUGGAUAUAGAAUUUCCUGGACUCCCUUCUUAGGAGGUGAGGAUAAGUCGCAUGUAGUCCCAGCCUCGUCCACAUCAUACACCAUUCCAAACCUGCGUGAGAGCUCGGCCUACAAGAUCCAGCUGGCCUCAGUGGUGGGCAACAAGGAGGGCAGCCCAGUCCUGGUCACUGCUCGGACUCUUGAUCUUCCUAAAGUGAACGAGUUUGUGGCGUUGAACACGACAGACAGAAGCACCGUCCUCAGCUGGAGCCGGGUGGACGGGGUGUCUGGGUAUCUCGUCUCUUGGAGACACAUUUCAGUUCUAGACACUAAGACUGAAGUCCUGGGGCCUGGUGUCACUUCUCUCAAAGUUGGGGACCUGCUUUAUGGAAGAACAUACAUUUUUACCAUUCAGCCGCUUUAUGGAGAGGUGGAGGGGCCUGUAGCUACAAUAUACCAAAGAAUACUGGGGGAGGACCCUCAGGUGGCGUCUGUCCUGGCCAGUGCAGCUCCAGAUUUGGCACAUAUUUCCCCUAAUACCAAAGCUUCACAGCCUGCUCCCAUCAGCAAUCCUGCAAAACUUCCUUCCACCACGAGGAGGAACCAGCCCCCCGCUGUUGUGCCCCUGCAAAAACCCAACAUUAUAAAGAAAGCUGAAGGCAAAGCAACUGUGAGUGAGACAGAAAUAGAUGCACAACUGACCACCAAGAAGUCCGAAGCAGCCACGCCACAGAACACAGGAUGUGAUCAGGCCAGAGCAGAUGUGGUUUUUCUGGUGGAUGAGUCAUCAAGCAUUGGCAUCGACAACUUUAACAGAAUAAAGGAUUUCAUCUUUAGAGCAGUGACUUAUUUCCCGUUCAUUGGACCUCAGGGAACGCAGAUUGCGGUGGUCCAUUACAGCGAUGACCCUCGAAUUGAGUUUCGUCUGAGCGACAACAAGGACCGUAGUUCUUUGCUCCGGGCCCUGCAAGCUCUGCCAUACAGAGGAGGCAACACCAAAACAGGAAAAGGCAUUGGUUACGUCCUGCAGGAGUUGUUCCAGGAGUCUUUAGGGAUGAGACAAAACGCUCCCCACGUCCUGGUCCUCAUCACUGACGGCAGGGCACAGGAUGACGUGUUACCGCCUUCAAGAGUGGCACGGGCUCUAGGUGUGAGUGUCCUGGCUGUUGGCGUGGCUAAUGCAGACAUUGAUGAGUUGAAUAAAAUUGCGGCACCCACAAGCUACAAAAACAUCUUCUAUUCUCCCUCGUUUGAUGACUUCCCAUCAAUCGAGAGAGACUUCAUCAGCAGCAUCUGCAGUGAUGAGCUGUUGUCUGAAUACAAGCCAGAGGCCGAGGAUGCUCAAUUAGACAACCCGACAGGAGACCCAGAGGAGGUGGCCAAGCCUGAGGCCCCAUGCCCCACCCACUGUGUGAAGGGCCAGAAAGGAAAUAAGGGCGAUGGAUUUGGACUUGGGGGGCAAGUCCUGGAAAGUUUGACCCUUUUACAGCUACAAAAGGAGAACCAGGUGAAAAGGGCCCCCCGGGUACAGAUGGUGUCCCUGGGUUACCUGGUCGACCGGGAAGAUCUGGGCCCCCAGGAUCUGCUGGACUGCGGGGGCCUCAAGGUUACCCUGGCGACAGGGGUCUUCCUGGAGCUCCUGGUUCAAAGGGUCAACGAGGAGAAAGGGGAGAGCCUGGAUAUGUCAUCGCCGGCCCUGAUGCCAACUACGUCCCUGGGAGAAAAGGAGAGCCCGGAUCUUCUGGUCCUCAAGGCCCUCCCGGAGUCUCAGGCGUCAAUGGAUCUCCUGGACUUCCUGGCCCUCCAGGUUUUCCUGGUCAACCAGGGACGUCUGUCAAGGGAGAUCCUGGUGAGGCGGGCAAAAGGGGGUUACCUGGUAACCCGGGAGUGCCAGGAGUCAAAGGAGAGCCUGGAAGAGAUGGUGCCGCUGGUCUCCCUGGUCCAAUCGGGAGACAAAGGAGAAAUUGGGCCGACAGGACCACAGGGACCAACAGGAGUGACCGGUUCAAAAGGUUUAAAGGGAGAUGAUGGCCAGAGAGGAGUCCCUGGGGAUCCAGCCAAGGGUAUAAUUGGCCCAACUGGGAAAAAAGGUGCAAGGGGAGACAUUGGUCCAGUAGGUCCUGUGGGUCCUCAGGGAAUAAAGGGUGAACAGGGAGACAAGGGAACAAAGGGCAGUCCUGGUUUUGGGAUCCCUGGUCAACGUGGACCAAAGGGAGAGAAUGGAGAGAGGGGAAAUGUUGGAUUAUCAGGCAAACCUGGCCCAAAAGGGCAAGAUGGCUCCCAAGGUGACAAAGGGAAAAUCGGUAUGCCUGGAAGUCCUGGAGAGCCAGGAUUAAGAGGUAAAGAUGGUGUCUCCGGUGUGAAAGGAGAUCAAGGAAUCAAGGGAGAUAUAGGACCACCUGGAGAACCUGGAGACAGAGGCAUAAGGGGCCCAUUGGGUCUACCAGGACGACCAGGAGACCAAGGCGAGAAAGGAGACCCAGGGGCUGGUCUGCCCGGGACGAAUGGGGCCAAGGGACAAAAAGGCUCGCCCGGAAAACCUGGACCUCCUGGAAACCAAAUUGUUGGUGAUAACAAUGUUUUGACCAGAGCCAUUAAGGGUGAACCAGGCGAGCCUGGAGAGCCGGGUCUUAGGGGAGAGACUGGGCUUCCGGGACCUCGCGGUCCUGAAGGCAAACCUGGCCUGCCUGGUUCCUCACAGGAGGGAGCUGGACUCAUUGGAUUACCAGGCAAACCAGGACCAAAGGGGGAAUCAGGAUCAAAAGGCGAGUCUGGAGCUAAAGGGGACAGAGGAGAACACGGAAAAGUGGGGAUCGCUGGAAUACCCGGUUUACCAGGCACCCCUGGGCGACCAGGCAUUGAUGGAAAAAGAGGACUGCCCGGGAGCGAUGGAGACAGAGGACAGAAAGGAGAAGAAGGCAAAAAAGGAGAAAAGGGUGAUUCCGGAUCCCAUGGUCGAGAUGGGAGCAAAGGCGAACCAGGAGCUCCGGGUUUACCUGGAAAACAAGUGCUGGUGACUGCGGACGGUGCUGGAGUAGACGACUUACGGCAAGCCUUUCCAAUACCAAUGGGUCCUCCUGGUGCAACAGGUUCUCCAGGAAUGAAGGGUGAAAUGGGAGGAAUGGGCAUCAAAGGAGAGAAGGGGGAAGCUGGAAAAAGUCUUGAAAUGAAGGACAUUGAGGAGAUGUUUGACACCUAUGGGAUCCGGCUUCCGUUACUGAAAGCUUUGAUUGAGAGGCUUCUUCAGGACGGCAUAGAAGAGCUGCUGCAAGUUCUCGGCAAUGCAAAGAAAAACAGGGGAAAAGCAGACAGCCACACAUCCAACAUCAUCACUGAGUACACCAGUUCACUGAAGUUUCCAAACCAGCCCCUGUCUGAACUGGCGGACCCUGCUUUUGACAGAGACCUUGUGGAAUCUCACCUUUUGAAUGGAACCACUGAAGGCCCAACAUUAUGGACCCUAAAUGGAGAAGAGCAUACUACAUCUGAGGUCAAGUUUAAGGACUCUGGGAAAAGUGAAAAUGCAUCCAUCAAAACCAACUGGACUGUUGUAAACUCUACUGCUGAUACAACAAUCAAUACGACUGUUUUAAGGUCGUCAGAUCCGGUGGUCGAAACUCUACUGUUGACUCAUGUUGACUUACAAAAGAAAAGUUCAGAUCAUAAAAACAGAUACCGUGAACGUGGAAAGGGCAAGGGAAAAAAAGGACGGCAAAAGAGGCAAAGACAACUGCCGUCAGGAGAAAGGGAUGAAGUGGAAGAGGAGCACGAUGAGUUGUAUGCUGAUGAAGAGUACAGUUAUGAGGAACCUUUAUUUCUGGAUGCGUCCUUUGUUUCACAUGAGGAAACUGAUAACAAGAACGACGAGAAAUCCAUCUCCAGACCUGUCUCCACUAAAACAUCAGAGGAUGUGCUCAGUGAGACACAGGGAUCAGACCUGAUGGACACUCCACUCAGAGAAGAACCAGAUAAGGUCUCUAUAAUCAGGGUGAGAAAAAGUGUGCACUGGAAUCCCUCAGGGAUGUCCAUGCCAGGGGCUCCAGGCGGAAGAGGCCCCUUCAAAGAAGCACCACAACAUCUCACAUCUGGAGCUCAAGGCUAUAACAACUUCAAUAACAAAAAACAGGAAAACCCCUUACAACCCAGUGGUAAGUUGAGAGGAGUAAGCCACAAACCUCACUACCUCGCGACAGAGAAGGAAAUCACGGAAGAAGCACAUGACGUUCAGCCCACCGAGCCGUACUAUGACCCUAUUUACGAGGAAGAGGAGGAGAGCGGAGACUAUGAGUGGCCCACCGACGACGAAGAUGGAGACCUGGACCUGGAGCGCGAACGGGAGCGCCUUUCCAUGGAGGAGGAGAGAAGAGAGCUGGAGAGAGAAAGACAGGCUGAAAUUGAGAGUGGAGUGGAUCAAAAUGUGGACCAGGAUGUGGACCGUGUGAGAACUGAGGAAGAGCUGAAGAGGUUGGAGUGGGAAAGAAGGAGACAGGAAGGCUAUGACCCCGGAUCACAGCAACCAUACCCCUACCCCCCAGAGUACUUUUUAUUUAAGGGGCAGCCUGGGGAGAUGGGGAAAGCCGGAGAAAAGGGUGAGCCAGGGGAGCCAGGGCCCACUGGUGCACAGGGCAUCCAGGGCAUCAGAGGUAAUGCCGGUCAGCAGGGUUCCCCUGGACUGAGAGGGGCCCCAGGGGAUCCUGGAGCACCAGGGAGGGAGGGGGACAGUAUUCCCGGAGAACCCGGGGCCAGAGGUUUGGUGGGAUUCCCAGGCAGAAAAGUAACGUGA